AUGGCGGAAGCAAGGUCCGCCGAAAGCACCGUGGACCCCAAUCCCACUGCUGCCUUCCAGGCCCUUGUGGAUGGAGUGACCAGCUGGGAUGUCCCUGGAGACUCCGUCCCCUGCGAGCUGCUUCUCACGGGAGAGGCCGCCUUCCCAGUCAUGGUCAAUGGCCAGGGGCAGGUGCUCAUCGCCGCCUCCUACUAUGGCCGUGGCCGCCUGGUGGUGGUGGCCCACGAGAGUUACCUGCUGGAUGUCCGCUUGGCCCACUUUCUUCUCAAUGCAGUGGGCUGGCUCUGUCCCUCAUCCGGGGCUCCCGUUGGGGUGCACCCAAGCCUGGAGUCACUGGCAGACAUCCUGCAGGGCUCUGGGGUGGGGGCGCAGAUUCAGGGAGAUCCGGGUGAGGCCCAAGGGGUUUAUUGCAUCAGUGCCUACGAUGAUACCAUGCCAGCACAGCUGAUCCAGUUUGUGAAAGCGGGGGGGGGCUUGCUCAUCGGGGGCCAGGCCUGGCAUUGGGCCAGUCAGUACGGCAGUGACAAGGUGCUGUCCAGAUUCCCCGGAAACAAGGUCACCUGUGUGGCCGGAGUGUACUUCACCGACACCUACGGAGACACAGGCCAGCUCAAGGUCUCUAAGAAGGUGCCCAAAAUCCCACUCCAUGUCCGGUGUGGGGAGGAUCUCAGGCAGGACCAGCAGCAGCUCCUGGAAGGGGUCUCCGAGCUGGACAUCGAGACGGGGGGCAUCCCCUCACAGCUGCUGGUGCACGGGGCGCUGGCCUUCCCUCUGGGGCUGGAUGCCUCACUUGGCUGCUUCCUGGCGGCCGCCCGCUAUGGCCGGGGCCGUGUGAUCCUGGCUGCCCACGAGGGCCUGCUCGUCACUCCCAAGUUGGAGCAUUUCUUGCUCAAUGCUGUGCGCUGGCUGACAGCUGGCCGGACAGGCAAAAUUGGGGUGCACUCCAGCCUUCCGGAACUGUGCGUGCUGGCGUCGGGGCACAACCUGCCAUGCAGCCUGCAGUCCCAGCUCACUGGGGACUUGCAGGUCUACUGCUGCAAUGCCUACAGCGCCGAGGAGGCCCAGCGGCUGCAGGAGUUUGUGGCCGAGGGCGGGGGCUUGCUGAUCGGGGGCCAGUGCUGGUGGUGGGCCUCGCAGAACAAGGGCCUCUCGGCUCUGGCCAGCUUCCCCGGGAACAUCAUCCUCAACCGCUUUGGCCUCAGCAUCCUCCCUCAGACCCUCCACCCGGGCUGCUUCCCUGCCCCCAGCCCCGAGAUGCACAGCUACCACUUCCGCCGGGCGCUGUCUCAACUCCAGGCCGCCCUGAGCCACCAGGCAGGGGAGGUGCCGAAGAGCUGGCUGGCAAGGCUGCGGGUGGAUGUCACGGGCUUCCUCCAGAUCCCCGCAGCUGGGGUCCCGGCUUACUCGUCCCUGCACCGACUGCUGAGGAAGACGCUGGGCCAGUCCGGCCUGCCGGCCGUGGGCAAGGAAAACCCCGUGGCCGGUGACUCCCGCGAGGCUGUCAUCCUCUGUCUGGCCACGGAGCUGGCCCGCGCCGGCACUGACUGCUCCACGCUGGCACAGGGCCUGGGAGGCUGUGGCUGCAAUCCCAGCUGGCUCCCGUCUGAAGACCCCGUCACGCUGGAGAUUGACGGAAACAACCCAGGCCACGGUGAUUCCUGGGUCAGCACCGGACGCUACCUGCUGAAUGGACAGAGUGCGGAAAUCUCCUUGCUGUCUGAGGCUGCAGCUUCUGCUGGGCUGAGGGUCCAGAUUGGCUGCCACACCGACGACUUGACGGAGGCCAGAGAGCUGUCCCGAGCGCCCGUGGUGACCCACCAGUGCUGUAUGGACAGGACCCAGGUGUCAGUCUCCUGCCUCUGGGGUGGCCUUCUCUACAUUGUCGUGCCCAAGCACAGCCAGCUGGGCCCCGUGCUUGUCACCAUCAAGAACUCGGUGCCUGCCCCUUACUACAAACUGGGGAAGACGCCCCUGGAGGCCUGGAGGCGCUGCGUCCAGAUGAGCCCAGCGCCCUGGGGGGAGCUGGCCACAGACAACAUCAUCCUGACGGUGCCAGCUGAAAACCUGCGGGGCCUGGAGGACCCGGGGCCCGUGCUGCGCGUCUGGGACGAGAUGAUGCGGGCGAUCGCCAGGCUGGGUGCCCAGCCGUUCCCCUUCCGCCGCCCGGAGCGGAUUGUCGCUGACGUGCAGAUCUCAGCGGGCUGGAUGCACUCGGGCUACCCCAUCAUGUGCCACCUGCAGUCCGUCCAGGAGCUCAUCAGUGAGACACACAUGAGAAGGGAAGGUCUCUGGGGUCCCAUCCACGAGCUCGGCCACAACCAGCAGCAACACGGGUGGGAGUUCCCCCCUCACACCACUGAGGCCACGUGCAACCUCUGGUCAGUCUGUGUGCACGAGACGGUCCUGGGCAUCCCCAGGGCCCAGGCCCACCCAGAUCUGAGCCUUCCGGAACGAGAGAAGAGGUUGAAAACCUACCUGAGCAAGGGAGCCUGCCUGAGUGACUGGGACGUUUGGACGGCGCUGGAAACCUACCUCCAGCUGCAGGAAGCCUUUGGGUGGGAGCCGUUCACCCAGCUGUUUGCCGAGUACCAGACACUCCCCAACCUGCCCAAUGACAAUGCGAAGAAGAUGAACCUGUGGGUGCAGAAAUUCUCUACCAAAGUGCAGAAGAAUCUAGCUCCUUUCUUUGAGUCCUGGGGCUGGCCUGUCCAGAAGGAGGUGGCCGAGAGCCUGGCCUGCCUGCCUGUGUGGCAGGAGAACCCCAUGCGGGCCUACGCUCCCCCCAAGGGUGCCCAGCCAGGCGGGAGGGGCUCCUGCCCUUGAAUUCUGCAGCCUGUUUCCCACCUCCAACCUUCUUCAGGAAGGUCGUUAAGGCCCUAAGAGGAGCCAACUUCCCCAGGAAUAUGCCCUUGUGCCUCACAGACACGUUUUUCUCUGCCUACACUGUUGCAUUCACCAAGACGCGCUUCGCCUUCCUCGGCUGCUGGCUUCCAUCUUGGCUUCUUGAGGUCUCGUGGGAUCGAGUGGAGACCAAGGGUGAUGGUGACAAUCAGAUACCAGCUCUUUGCCCUGCUGGCGCGAGCCAGGCUCCCGGUUUCUUCUGUUGGCUGAUAGCGAGUAGGGUUGAGCCUGGACCCAGCUUCGGCGCUAAGAAAUUUACUCAGCCUCCUGACUUCUUUGAGCGUGUUGGAACCUCACUGCACCCACGGCGGGGUCACCUUUGGUUCUGCCCCAUCCACGGUGGCCUGUCCGUCUAGUGGAGAGUGGGCACCCUGAAAAUUGACCCUGCCUUCAGGACUGACCUCCUUGGGGUUAUCAGUCCUCGUGUGGGCUGUCUCAUGAAUGCCUUUCCCUACAGGGCCCUGGUAACCAUGGGGGGCACUUCGCCUGUCUUUCAGCCUUUCUUCCACCUCUGGGAGGAUCCAAUGUAAGCUCAAAAGGCUGUUGUGAACUCUGAGUGGCUGUUAGGUUUGGCAUUCUGGGUGUAUCUGGACUUUCGACCAGAGGCCACGCCAAUGUCUGUCAUGUUCACAGGCCUAUUUAUUCUCAGCACAAUAAAAGCAACAUACUUCUC